AAAGGCGAUUGAAAUCCUGGACUUAGUAGGAUUUGAUUUAAAAGUAAUUAGGCAACAAAGAAUAUAAAUAAAAUAUGUAUCUUAAGAGUGAGGGCUUUUUAGACCAAAUCAAUUAUCUUUAGAGACUUGAAAAAAGUACAAAAAGUAAACAAACAUGCUCCAUAACAUGAAGUACAAUCAGUGCCGCUUGGCAGAUGGAAGAUUCGAAAUGAGCCAAGUCACGAACAAAGCUGGCCCAACUAAGGUCAAUUUGCCAAUUGGCCAACAGACCGCUUCCGGCCAACAGAACAGAGAUGAGAUGGCCAUCUCGACAUGAACGCCGAACGACGAACAUUUCCGUGUUCUGGAAUUCUGGAGUUCGAAUCUAGUUAGGAGGCAGUACAAAAACCGCAUUCAAUCGCUCAAACAGAACAGUUUUCCAAAUGACUUCCGCUCCAGGCUUCAGAUUUCCAUUACCACUGAUUGUGGUCCUCGCCGUGCUGGCCCUUGCCCUUGGCCAGGCUUUGGUUAUGGCCCGGGCCGAGCCGCAACCGGCUGGCGAGAACUUUGAUGUCGAGUAUUCGAACGAAUACGACGAUGUCAGGCCGCAUCUGGAGUAUCCGGAUGUGCCGAGACUGGACAAAAGGAUCGGUGAUGCAGCCCGGGAAUUCGGCCAGAACAUUACCCAGGCCUGGCAUUCGAUGGUGGAUUCUUUCAAGAACUACUUCGAGGAGCUGAAAAACCUAUUUGGGGCCUCGCCCUCCGAUCCCAACGAGGUCAACGAAGUAUUUUCUUCAUAUUGAGAAGAAAAUCAUUAUCAUUUUUUUGAAAUAAAAUGAAAUAAUUGCAAU